UGAUCGUCCAUGCAACACACAGAGCCAAGAAGAAGCAACAUAUACAUAUAUUUACAGGCAUAUGCGUGUAUCUGUCUAUAUGUGAUGAAUGAGACCUAGGUGUGAUUGAAAGCAGAGGGUGGAGGACUCUGUCUGAAUGAUGUGAACAAAACAGAGGAAUUGGAUUUGGUAAUAAAAUAAAGGGGGUACCCAGAAGGAAAGGCCAAGACUUCUCUAAUAUAUACAUAUUUUUUUACCUCCAUUUCACAUGGCUUCUUGGGCUUCUCUCCUUUCCUCACCAUUUUUUUUGUUUUGUUUUCUACAUUUUUUUGGUUGCCUCACAUGAGCUCACUUACCUCUCUUUCACUAAAAAACUGGAAUUUUUUUUUGUGUCUUUCAGUUCCUCAAUUGGUAGCUUUUCUUUUUCAAUUCUAUUGAAAAACUAUUGGCCUAGCAGUUGGAGAGAGAUUCCUCAGAUAUACAGUGAAAAAGGUUUCUGGGUUUUCGUCAACUGUGGUUGUCCGUCCUUGUGCAGAGUAUGUGUUUGUGGUUUUGCUUCAGUGGAGUCCGUUGGGGGGUUUCCAUUGUAAAGAUCAAUUGUUGGGCUGUCAAAGAAUUUGGCUGUUUUUGAUUCGUUUCGACUUGAUUUUGGCUGAUGGAUCUCAGGUCAUGAGGUACUUUCAAGUCUAUUAUCUAAAGGCAAACUGAAGCACUUUGUUCUAUCUGUUAGAGAGUUUGCUCUGUGUAACUAGAAGUUUCGCUGGUUAAAAUGGAAUUUAUCUAUAGAUGCGUAUGCUGAUGGAUGAAAUGUGAUUUAGUAGCAGUUUGAAGUUCAUCUAUGUUGUAGACUCAUUAAUCGAAUGUAAUUGACACUCAUGGUUUGUGAGAUGGAGACCGAUCAAAUUGAAGACAUAGAAAUCGAAGCCCUCCCUUCGAUGUGGCCUGAAGAUAUAGGAACCGAGGGAAAGCCAUACAAUGUAGAAAAGCCUGGAGGGGAUCAAGAUAUGUUGGAAGAAGUUACAUUCACGCAAGACGCAAUCAUAGUUGAUUAUAAACGUCUCUUAGAAUUAACCAAUUAUACGGACAAAGGCUCUUCUCAGCUGGCACACCUUGUAAAGCAUUGGGAGGUGAAGCAGGCAAACGCUGUCCGCCUUCUUAGAGAAGAGCUUGACAUCUUAAGCAGACAAAAAGAGGAGACAGAGCUUAAGAAGUUGGAGAUAUUGGAGGAACAUCGGUUUGAGGAAGAAAGAUAUGGUGGCGAUAAACGUCCAGUUUCAAUACUGGAUGAACUUUACGAUAUAUGGCAAGAUGUGCCUAAAAGGAAAAGUGAUGUGGUCAUUCCAAGCAAGAGAGUUGACAUUGAUGACGAGUAUGAUACUAUCUUAUACUGGAAGGAACGAGCCUUGCAUUUAGAGAAAAUGUUGGAGACCAGUAUUCAGAGAGAGCAGGUGCUAAUGAAGAAGUUACAGGAAAGUGUUAUGAAUUUGGAAAGGCAAUCCUCACCAGUUGAAGAGUUGUCCCAAAUUCUGAAAAGAGCAGAUAAUUUCUUACAUUUUGUGCUUCAAACUGCUCCUGUCGUCAUGGGCCAUCAGGAUAAAGAUUUACGCUAUCGCUUUAUCUACAACCAUUUCCCAAGUUUGAAUGAGGAGGACAUUAUAGGGAAGACAGAUGUCGAAAUUUUUUCUGGAUCUGGUGUUAAGGAAUCUCAAGAUUUUAAGAGAGAGGUUUUGGAAAAAGGAAAACCUGCAAAAAGAGAAAUCACUUUUGAGACGCCUUUAUUUGGAUCGAAGACGUUUCUGAUAUAUGUGGAACCUGUCUUUAGCAAGGCAGGGGAGACAAUUGGUAUUAAUUAUAUGGGAAUGGAGAUAACUGAUCAGGUAAGGAAAAGAGAAAAGAUGGCAAGGCUUCGAGAAGAGAUAGCAGUACAAAAGGCCAAGGAAACAGAACUGAACAAAACAAUUCAUAUAACAGAGGAGACGAUGCGAGCAAAACAAAUGCUCGCCACCAUGUCUCACGAGAUAAGAUCUCCUCUAUCUGGAGUUGUUAGCAUGGCAGAGAUUCUCGCUGGUACAAACCUUGAUCGUGAGCAAAGACAACUACUAAAUAUCAUGAUAUCUUCAGGCGAUUUGGUCCUUCAACUAAUAAAUGACAUUCUGGAUCUUUCUAAGGUUGAGUCAGGAGUUAUGAAGUUGGAAGCCACAAAAUUCAGACCAAGAGAGGUAGUAAAGCAUGUACUCCAGACUGCUGCAGCAUCACUGCGGAAAAUUUUGACCUUGGAAGGACAUGUAGCCGAUGACGUUCCCAUUGAGGUCAUUGGAGACGUUUUAAGGAUUCGACAAAUCCUCACAAACUUGAUCAGCAAUGCUAUCAAGUUUACCCAUGAAGGAAAGGUAGGCAUAAAUCUAUACAUGAUACCAGAGCCCUCUUUUAUGAAAGAAGGACUUCAACAGAGGUUGAAUGCAGAUCAGUCAGUCGCAAAUGGGCAGAAAGAAGAGAGAUGUUUAUCGACAUCUCAAAGUAACAAUUUUCGAAAUGGUUUUAAUGGUCACAGAAAUGGUGAGGGCCUGCUUAACAAUGAACCUAGUUCACCUGUCAUGCGUGGAUACUCCAUGGAUGAAGAUACGCAGGAGCAACCUCAACCCGAAACAACAGUGUGGAUACGCUGUGAUGUAUAUGACUCUGGAAUUGGAAUUCCAGAGAAUGCUCUACCUACUUUAUUCAAAAAAUACAUGCAAGUCAGUGCAGAUCAUGCUCGAAAGUAUGGCGGAACAGGACUGGGUCUUGCAAUAUGCAAACAGCUGGUAGAGCUCAUGGGUGGCCGCCUCACUGUGUCUAGCCAAGUGAACCGUGGGUCCACAUUUACCUUUGUGCUACCUUACAAGGUUUCACCAAUAUGUGAUACUUCUAAUGACCCUGAUGAGCUCUCGGAUAUGGCUGAUCAUGAUGCCAUAACUGAGGAUGUUACCGAAGGCUUUUUCCAGUUCCAACCCCACACUCUGGGUACCCUCUUUUCUUCUAAUGGAUCCACCAGGAAUAAAAAAUUGCUACCACAGACUCUCAAUGGGUUCUCAGAAGAUUCUUAUUCGUUUCCCUCCAACAAUGUUAGACCAAAUGAGACACUUUCAGUUGAGGAUGCUUGUUCAACUGUUGAAGUUGCAGAGACAUUAUCUAAACCUGGAAGUUCAUUGAGUCAAAGUCCAGAUUCUGAUGACACGAAUGCAGUUUGUAGCAAAAAACAGUGUCAAGAUGGCAGAAAUGAUUGUUUCCGAAAUCACAUAACUGAUUCCACCUCGCAUUCGGAGGCAAGCAGACAGGAGGAGGCAACGGCAAAGAAAAGUAAACACAAAGGAUCAUGUCAGAGACGGGAGAGAUAUAUUACAAGUACACAGUUCACGUCUGGUAGCACUGUUGUUGCACGUAAAGCACAACCAAAACCUAAAAUCCUUCUGGUUGAAGAUAACAAGAUUAACAUAAUGGUGACACAGACAAUGAUGAAGCAGUUAGGCCACACCAUGGACGUUGUUAAUGAUGGAGUUGAAGCUGUGCGUGCAGUUCAUUGUCGUAGUUAUGAACUCAUUCUGAUGGAUGUCUGCAUGCCAGUUAUGGAUGGCCUUACAACUACGAGAUUAAUUCGAUCUUUCGAAGAAACUGGGAACUGGGAUGCCGCUGUGAAGGCUGGCAUUGACCUGAGCAAGUCCUCUUCAGAUUCUACGCCUUCUGCAAAGCGGACCCCCAUAAUUGCGAUGACAGCAAAUGCAUUGUCUGAGAGUUCUGAAGAGUGUUAUAAAAAUGGUAUGGACUCAUUUAUUUCAAAGCCUGUAACAUUCCAAAAACUAAAAGACUGUCUUGAAAAAUACUUAUUAUAAAUAGCUCCUGUAAAUUGAUGAUCCUUGUAUAGAAAAUGACAACAUGUCAUGAAAUUUUUGUCACCCAUGUCAUGUUCUUAGCAGCCAUUAGUGUCCCUCUGUAAGUUGUAUAGAUAUUUUUCAAUGUUCCUUGAAGAUCUUUUUGAUAUUUUGUUGUUCUAA